AUGCAGGCCAUGUCGAUCGACAAAAUGAACGCCAGCUUGCCGGCGGGGGACGCCGAGCGCAGCGCGUUGCACUCUGUCGCCACCAGCAUCUACCACCUCAUGAAGCACCUGCACCACUGGCAACAGGCCGCAUGGGAGUCGCUCACCCGGUUCUUCGCCGACAACAGCAGCAGCGACUCGAGUCUUUUGACGUUCGACAGCCACCCGCAGCUCACGCGGCUGGUGCUCGCCACCGUCGCCAAGUACGUCAAGGUGACGCUGCUGUGGACGUCGUUCAGUGUGAUUCCAGGGCUGUUGGCUCUGUACAGUUUCCUCCACUACGCUCAGGCGGCCGGAGACGCUGCCGCUGCUACUGCCGCUGCUCAGUAUUCCCCGCUUGAGCACACGGACCACCGCGUGCGUGAGUUCGUGCUUCACUUCGGUACGGCGCCGCUGCUCAGGAUCCAGCACGACUUCCAAGCGCAAGUCGCGGAUAAAGGCGCGUCUCUCGCUGCGCUUGCACUCUCGUGCUUCGAGCGAUACGAAGGGUGUCACGACCUGGCCAAGCUGCGCCACCAGGGGGUCUUCGACCUUGAAGCGCUGGUUAGUGGCGCCUACGCGUCGCACUCGAGUCUGCCGGACCUGCUCAACGCUGCGGACGUGGCUGACUGGGUCAUCUGCGUCGUGCUCUGCGUCCCCCACCAACUGCAGAACGCCGAGGGGGGAUCCCCGUUGUCGCCUCGAUCCAUGCCGUCGUCUCCAACGUCACCGUCUUCACCAACUUCACCUACUAACGCCUCGUCGUUCUUGCAGUUGUGGGACUUCAUGGAGAUCAUCGCGCGCGAUCGGCUGGUGCUCACGCUACAUCGCAACCAUGUCGUCAACCUCCACAACCUGCUCUACCAGCAGAUAACCUCUUCCCUCUCCGCUUCGGCGCUCAGUACAGGAACAGCUUCAAGUUCCAUGCCUUCGUUUGGAGGCAGUCGGUCCUCUGUAUCGCUGAAGAAGAUCAUGAGCGCGCUCGGCAAGCACGCGCUGAGGAACUGUGGCGUAGUGCAUCGUCAACGCCGAGAGGUGGCGGCAUGGCUCCUCCAGAGCUGUGUGCAGCUCAUGCAGCACAACCCCGGGCUAGUUGCUCCAUCGUUUCCUCUGCUGCUGGCAGCACCAGCCGUCGCCCGAGACGAGAUCGAGUGGGCCAUGUGCCACCAUCCAGGCACCAAGGCACCACUCCUACCAGCUCACAUCAAGGCCGAGCACCUGCACCGUGUGCUUCCGAGCUUCAGCGGAGCUGAGCGCGAGCUGGCCGAGUUGUUGACGCUCUCUCAUCGACUUCGUGGGCUCAUGGAGGAGCACGCGCUCUUCCUGGCCGAGUAUUACCAAACGUUCCUGGUGGAUGGAGACGCCGAAGGGAUCGCGUUCACGAUCCGAGAACUGUUCACGGCUAUCGAGUCGACACCGUCCAGUUCGGUGAUUCAGCCGCUGCUUGAAGGAUUCUUGGACAGGGAGCGGUACCGAGUGAGCUCUUCUUCGUCGACAACCAGAGUCACGUGGGUGCGCGAGUGGCGUCAAGCCAACGCCCACUUGGUUACGGGCACGCAAUUACCGCUGCUGGACGUUCUACGAGCUCGGAUGGAGUGCGCUGUGAGGCACACGCAGUACAUUUGUGUUAGUUCCCAGCUAGUGGAGCACGCAGCGAGCUUCUCCAAGUGCUGGUGGUUCGGGGACGUCGUAUUCGAGCAGUGCUUCGAGCAGACAGUAGCCACUUCGCCGUGCUCUUCCGUUGCGCUCAUGGAAAUCCUGUUGAGUCUCGCUGCUGGGACCUACAUCCUUGAUGAACUAGUCGACACGGAAGAAGCCACGCAACACUUGGAACGAAUGAUGCAGCGCAUCGACCGGAUGCGGGCGAGUCUUGUGCAGCAAGUCGGACUAGGGCUCGAGGCCGUGGUCAAGCGGGACAUCAGUCUCCAGCGCGACGAGAUAUUUCCAGCUCCCGAUGAAAAGGCCGAACAAGUGGAGACGAAGAUCACAGCGAGCACCAGGAAGCUGUUCAGCUUCUCGCGCGUGCAGUCUAGCCACGUGCAACGUCCAAGCAACGCAGAGUUGCACUUUGUGGCGUUCCCGACGGGGUCUAUCGACGCGGCUGCACUGCGGUGCUCAUUGAAAGACGCGUGUGAGCAGGUUCAGUGCUUCCUUCGUGUCGUUCAGAGGCUACUUGGCGGCUAUGAGCUCGAAGCAGGCGACAACUUUGCGUUGGGUGAAGCUGUUCAAGUGGCGCUUGCCAAGGCGCUGGAGACCGAGUGUGACUCGGUGGUGUCGGUGUUGCCUCAGGACAAGAGGCUGCUAGAGUGGACGGUAGACACGCCCCGCGUCGCCCAGACGGAGCUGCAGGCAUGGUCGCUGGUCGAUCGAAUCGCCUGGAUGCUCGUCUCACUGGUAACGAGAAGGUGUCAUCCUUCGACAUGUUCAUCCCCAGCGUUACCCGCAGUGUUGGCUUCUGUGCGCAAGUGCUGCUUCGUGCUGGCCCCCGCGGCAUCCGGGGAGAUUGAUUCACGCGACUACACGGACAGCGAAGCUCUGCGUUACCUCGUUGCGUUGGUCGGGUCUUCGGGUGUGGAGUCGAUCUGUGCCACCGUGUCGAACCUGCUGGUGGCGCAGAUACUGAAGCUUCGAUCCUCAAUCGAAGCCGAGCACGCCGUGUUGGCCUUCAUGGACAUGGCUCUGAGUGGCGGUGCUACGAACGACGUAGUGCUCGCCUCCGCCCAAACCCGAGCGCUGGACGACAUCGCGACGCAGCUCGUUCAGAUCGGGACGGCGGUCUUCCUCCUUCAGCUCCUGCAUGGCCACAGCACGAGCGCCUCGAAAGACGCGUGGGAGACUCGCGUGGCCUCUCGCGUUCUCCGCGAGCUGCAGCAAGACCCGGAUCGGCGGGCCACGUGGACGCGGCUGCUGCCGGUGGCGUGCAGUUCGGCCUUCCACGCGAGCGUGUGGAAGCGGACAACGUACUUGUCACGCGUGUCGGCCACAGACACCAACGCGCACAUGAUGGGGCUGGCCAUGGCUCGACUGCUACCUGCGCCCCACAGCAGUCCGGCGGUGCAUCGUUGCGCUGUGGCAGCAUUGAAGCGAGCGUCAACGUGCACAAUGCAGCCAUCCAGCAGUGGCAGUGCCAGUCGAUCCAAGCUGCCACUUCAACUGGACCCGUCAAGCUCCGAGUCGCCGGCGCAGCCUCUGCUUGAAGCCCUUGAUCUUUUGGUGUCGACCGCGGCGGCCGGUAUCGGUGACGUAUCUGGCCCGCAUGGCCCGGCGCUGGGAGAACUGGAGCUGGUGCUUGAGCGCCUGCUGCCACGCGCAGUGUUGACACUGCACUCAGCGGCCUGA